UUUUAGCUGCUGCUGCUGAGCUUGUGACUCUUGAAUCCUGGCGGUGCUUCUCUUCUUGCACAGAACUCUAUCACCUCUUUUUUCUUUGGGGAAAAAAAUAUUAACACAUAAAUGACAGACAAGCUACCGCCGAAUCUGUUGAAGCUUUUUGCGCCACGGCCACCUUUACCAUAUGCUCCACCUUUGGACAAGGAUCCAGGUGAACGCGUAGGCGCUCGCAUUACCGGCAUUGCAGAGCUUGUACCCCAGUUGAAAACCUACGACCAAGAUUACGUCCCUUGGAAAUCCAUUGAACAAAAACGCAAAGAACGGAUGGAAGCAAAGAAAAAAGUUGCGGAUGAAGCAUUGGAAAAAGGAAUCGCCGAAUACGAUCCAGAAAAAGACGAAAAGAUUCAGGGCAAUCCGUUCAACACGCUUUUUGUGGCGCGACUAAGUUACGAGCUGCAAGAGAGUGAUUUGAUGCGCGAGUUCGAACAAUACGGUCCCAUCAAAAACCUACGCUUGGUAAGAACACUAGAAGGAAAGCCUCGUGGUUACGCGUUUAUUGAAUACGAACGAGAAAAAGACAUGCGAGCGGCAUAUAAGGAUUCAGAUGGCUUAAAGUUGAUGGGUCGUCGGUUAGCAGUAGACGUAGAACGAGGCCGAACUGUCAAGGGAUGGAAGCCGCGUCGCCUUGGUGGCGGAUUAGGUAAUGCGCGCAAUGGACCACCGCAGCAAGCAGCACCAGCCGCAGCACCAGCCGGAUCAUCAUCAGGCGGCUACGAUCGAUUUGGAGGUUUCAACGAUAGCGGUCGCCGGGACAGCAGCCGAGGCUAUGGAGGACGACAUGAUCGUGGCCAUGGCGGCGGCGGCGGAGGCUAUGGCGGAAACAACCGUGGCUAUGGAGGUGGCGGUGGCGGUGGAAGAAGAGACUUUGAAGAUCGACGGAGGCCACGCAUGCGAUCCCGGAGCCGAAGCCCUCGAGGCUACAGAGAUCGAUAUGGUGGUCGUGGUAGAGACAGAUCGAGAGACAGAAUGGGGGGCCGUCGAGACCGCUACUAAGGAACUAGGACUUGGAGGUUAUUUAGCAGAAAGCAAACGAAGAAUUGAUAUUCAAAAAUAUAGUCCAAAAGAACUAUUGCAUUGUAACGUUUCACAAAAUCCACGCGCUUUUCCUAUGGUGGGGUGCACCUU